UAUAUAUAUAUAUAGAUGUUCAUGCUCUGUAAGAAGGGAACCUCGUAUAGUCGUUGAUGCGUUAGUUUCAUUCAUUGAAUCCAAAAGACAACACAUUUUUUUUUUCUUUUUGCAAGAAGGGUUUGAUGGACACGGUCUAUAUCUCUCAUGGAUCCCCAAUGAUGGCGAUCGAUGAAAGCAUACCAGCGAGGCAAUUCUUGAAAUCAUGGCAACAAACUGUUCUUAAAGAAAAGCCUAAAGCCAUUCUUGUUAUCUCCGGACAUUGGGACACUAAAGAACCAACAGUUAAUGUUGUUAAUAUUAAUGACACCAUUUAUGACUUCUAUGGCUUCCCCAAACCCAUGUACCAGCUCAAAUAUACACCACCAGGCGCGCCACAAUUGGCAAAGAGGGUGAAGGAAUUGCUCAUGGAAAAUGGCUUCAAGCAUGUUCAUGAAGAUAAAAAACGAGGAGUUGACCAUGGCACAUGGGUUCCUCUGAUGUUCAUGUACCCCGAGGCUGACAUUCCAGUGUGCCAGCUCUCAGUUCAGUCAGAUAGAGAUGGAACUUACCAUUAUAACAUGGGAAAGGCGUUGGCCCCCCUCAAGGAGGAAGGUAUCCUUGUCAUGGGAUCUGGAGCUACUACUCACAACUUGGCGGCCAUGCAUCCCGAGGGCACUCCUGUUCCUUCGUGGGCUUCGCAGUUUGAUACUUGGCUUAAAAAUGCUCUUCUUGAAGGAAGAUAUGAAGAUGUGAAUCACUAUGACUCAAGGGCACCGUAUGGAAAGAAGGCUCAUCCUUGGCCAGACCACUUUUAUCCAUUGCAUGUAGCCAUGGGAGCUGCAGGUGAAAACGCCAAGGCAAAACUUUUGCACCAUAGCUGGGGCAAUGGCACUCUUUCUUAUGCUUCUUACAAGUUUACAGCUGCUAAGUAAACCGAACAUUGCGAACACAAUCCACUUUGACACCGAAAAUAGAUAGUUCGAAAUCCAGUGUUGUAUUGCAUUUAUUUUUAAGAGUGGCAGAGCAGAGCUUCUGUAUGUGAAUUUAAUAAGUGUUGUCUUCAUACACACAUUUAUGCAUUAGAAGACUUGUUUGGAUUUGUGCAUAAGAAAAUUCAAGAAUGAAACCUGUGUUUUCCAA